GCUCGCCCUCUAGCCCUGCAGCCUCCGGACCACUCUGCCCGGGAACCCCCCGGCCGGACUUACUACUGGUUUCCCGAGGAGCCCAUUUCCCCUUGCUUGAGGAGAUCAUCUCCCCUUCUCUUUGGCUCAUAAUGAGUCAGCUGAGGUUGCUGACAUCCCGGCUGGGGGCACAGGCCUCGAGGCUUCUGGCCCCACAUGACGUCCAGAUGUUUAGCUGGUGCAGCAGGUCGUCCGGGCCACGGGCCACCUUCCCGAGCAGUAAAGGUGGAGGCAGCUCCAGUUACCUGGAGGAGAUGUACUUUGCCUGGUUGGAAAACCCCCAGAGUGUCCACAAGUCUUGGGACAGCUUCUUCCGGAAAGCCAGUGAGGAAGCCUGUGGCUCGCCUCAGCCACAGUCCCCGUCUGUUGGCCCUGAGAGCAGGCCUUGCGUCUCCAGCCGGACCAAGACCAGCAAGCUGGUGGAGGACCACCUGGCGGUGCAGUCCCUGAUUCGCGCCUACCAGAUUCGGGGCCACCAUGUGGCCCAACUGGACCCCCUGGGCAUUCUGGAUGCAGAUCUGGACUCCUUUGUACCUUCAGACUUAAUCACAACCAUCGAUAAAUUGGCCUUCUAUGACCUGCGGGAGGCUGACCUGGAUAAGGAGUUCCAGUUGCCCACAACUACCUUCAUCGGAGGCUCUGAGCAGACCCUCUCUCUGCGGGAAAUCAUUCGGCGCCUGGAGAGCACCUACUGCCAGCACAUUGGUCUGGAGUUCAUGUUCAUCAACGAUGUGGAGCAGUGCCAGUGGAUUCGGCAGAAGUUCGAGACCCCUGGCGUGAUGCAGUUCUCCAGCGAGGAGAAACGGACGCUGCUGGCCCGGCUGGUGCGCUCCAUGAGGUUCGAAGACUUCCUGGCCCGGAAGUGGUCCUCGGAGAAGCGGUUCGGCCUGGAGGGCUGUGAGGUCAUGAUCCCUGCCCUCAAGACCAUCAUCGACAAAUCCAGCGAGAUGGGCAUUGAGAACGUCAUCCUGGGGAUGCCACACAGGGGCAGGCUGAACGUGCUGGCGAACGUCAUCCGCAAGGACCUGGAGCAGAUCUUCUGCCAGUUUGACCCCAAGCUGGAGGCCGCGGAUGAGGGCUCCGGAGAUGUCAAGUAUCACCUGGGCAUGUACCAUGAGCGGAUCAACCGGGUCACGAACAGAAACAUCACUCUGUCACUGGUGGCCAACCCCUCCCACCUGGAGGCUGUGGACCCCGUGGUGCAGGGGAAGACCAAGGCCGAGCAGUUCUACCGUGGGGACAGCCAGGGCAAGAAGGUCAUGUCCAUUCUGGUCCACGGGGAUGCUGCCUUCGCUGGCCAGGGUGUGGUCUAUGAGACCUUCCACCUGAGCGACCUGCCCUCGUACACCACCAACGGCACCGUGCACGUUGUCGUCAACAACCAGAUUGGCUUCACCACGGACCCCCGAAUGGCCCGCUCCUCACCGUACCCCACUGAUGUGGCCCGUGUGGUCAACGCGCCCAUCUUCCACGUGAACGCAGAUGACCCGGAGGCCGUGAUCUAUGUGUGCAGUGUGGCGGCCGAGUGGAGGAACACCUUCAACAAAGAUGUGGUUGUGGACCUGGUCUGUUACCGCCGGCGCGGCCAUAACGAGAUGGACGAGCCCAUGUUCACGCAGCCGCUCAUGUACAAGCAGAUCCACAAGCAGGUGCCCGUGCUGAAGAAGUACGCGGACAAGCUCAUCGCCGAGGGCACCGUCACCUUGCAGGAGUUCGAGGAAGAAAUCGCCAAGUACGACCGGAUCUGUGAGGAGGCGUACGGCAGGUCCAAGGACAAAAAGAUCCUGCAUAUAAAGCACUGGCUGGACUCCCCCUGGCCUGGCUUCUUCAACGUGGACGGGGAGCCCAAGAGCAUGACCUGCCCAACUACGGGCAUUCCCGAGGACAUGCUGACCCACAUCGGCAAUGUGGCAAGCUCUGUGCCCCUGGAGGACUUUAAAAUCCACACGGGCCUCUCUCGAAUCUUGCGGGGCCGAGAGGACAUGACCAGGCGGCGGACGGUAGACUGGGCACUGGCGGAGUACAUGGCCUUCGGCUCCCUGCUCCAGGAGGGCGUGCACGUGCGGCUCAGCGGGCAGGAUGUGGAAAGGGGCACGUUCAGCCACCGGCACCACGUUCUCCACGACCAGGAAGUUGACCGGAGGACUUGUGUCCCCAUGAAUCACCUGUGGCCGGACCAGGCCCCGUACACCGUGUGCAACAGCUCCCUCUCGGAGUAUGGCGUCCUGGGCUUCGAGCUGGGCUAUGCCAUGGCCAGCCCCAACGCCCUGGUGCUCUGGGAGGCGCAGUUUGGCGACUUCCACAACACGGCCCAGUGCAUCAUCGACCAGUUCAUCAGCACCGGCCAGGCCAAGUGGGUGCGACACAACGGCAUCGUGCUGCUGCUGCCCCACGGCAUGGAGGGCAUGGGGCCGGAGCACUCCUCAGCGAGGCCUGAGAGGUUCCUGCAGAUGAGCAAUGAUGACUCAGAUGCCUACCCCGCGUUCUCCGAGGACUUUGAGGUGAGGCAGCUGUACGACUGCAACUGGAUCGUGGUCAACUGCUCCACGCCAGCCAGCUACUUCCACGUGCUGCGCCGGCAGGUCCUGCUGCCCUUCCGCAAGCCCCUGAUCAUCUUCACACCCAAGUCCCUGCUGAGGCACCCGGAGGCCAAGUCCAGCUUCGACGAGAUGGUGUCUGGGACCAGCUUCCAGCGCGUGAUUCCUGAGGAUGGGGCCCCGGCUCGGGCCCCGGAGCGGGUGCGGAGGCUCAUCUUCUGCACGGGAAAGGUGUACUACGACCUGGUGAAGGAGCGGAGUAGCCAGGGCCUGGAGGAGCAAGUGGCCAUUACACGCCUGGAGCAGAUCUCUCCAUUCCCCUUCGACCUGAUCAAGCAAGAGGCGGAGAAGUACCCGGGUGCAGAGCUGGUUUGGUGCCAGGAGGAGCACAAGAACAUGGGCUACUAUGACUACAUCAAUCCACGCUUCAUGACCAUCCUGCGCCGGGCACGGCCCAUAUGGUAUGUUGGCCGUGACCCAGCGGCUGCUCCAGCCACAGGAAACAGGAACACUCACCUGGUGUCUCUGAAGAAGUUUCUGGAUACUGCCUUCAAUCUCCGGGCCUUUGAGGGCAAGACCUUUUAGAGCUGGGCAGGGCCUGCCUGGGUCUCCGUGGGGUUGGCUGGGGCUGCAGAGGGCUGGUGAGGGACGGGGCAGUCCUGCACGGGGUCUGUCAGAGGCCCCAGGAGAGCACACGCUCAGCAGUGACAGGCUGCGGGCAGGCUCCGCUGGCUUUGGUCUGAUGCCACCUUGGGCUCCGUGUUCAUUUCAGAAUCGGUUAGGACCGAGAGCCAGAGGGGGUGAUAAAGGGGAUGUGGUUCUGGCGCGUUUCCCCAGCGGUCCUGGUCUUGCCGGGAUUCUUGUGUGGCUGUUUCCUUCUGUGUCUGUGGACAGCCCCCAGGAGCCCGUGUCUUCGGUCUCUCCCCUCCUGGUAGAUCUGGCUGCCAGUCACGCUGUCCUUGUUCAUCUGUAUCUUUUGUGCUCUUAGAAAUAGAGGUUUCAGCAAUAGCAGCCAGAUGAAGCAGAACUGUGCCAGAUGAUUUACACUGUUUUAUGGGGUGCGUCCUAUUGAGUGUGAAAUACGGCCCAGCCCAUGUGCACCGAACUAGAAAACCAAAUGGCAGAAAUAAAAAAUGC